UCAAUUUGCACGUAAAAGGAACCUUCGUGCCGUUUGAGAAAUGACAACAAACCCAAUAGAAGACACUUACUUAGUCCAUGCUAAAUAUCAUGAUAACAACAAUUCGCGAUCAGGUGUCCACUCGCCCUGAAAGAAAGACUGUGGUCCACUGCGAACGCGUCCUUGAGCCAUUUCAGUAGAACAAACAACCUUUGACAUUUUGCAAACGUAAACAACGGCACUAGUAAGCAGGCGCUCCAAAGUUCAUUCAGCAGAAACAUGGCGGCUGUAAGGGGGUUGUGGAUCUUUCUGGCGCUCAUUUUGGUGAAGUUGUCGUCCUCAUCAGCGCCCACGCCAGAAGACUGCACGGCGGAAAUGUUCGGUAACUCCAGCACGGCGCUGUGGGCCUGCCGGACUCAGUUGGCACUGCAGCGGAACUGGUUCCCGUCUCCCAUAGCCGGGCUCUUCAGCUAUCAGGUAUGGAAUGGCUUUGACGGCUUCUGGCAGAACGGUGCGGUUCUGGAGACCUUCGCGAACUUCAUGCACUACGGUAACCACACCAGAUACAAGACGUGCCUGAAGUCGUCCCUACGUCAGCUGUCUGACCUGUUGCUAGCCUACGCGCCUGCCCCCUCCUAUGACGACAUGGCGUGGUUCGCGCUCAGCUACCUCAGGAUAUAUGAGGUUCUUGGUGACGAGGAUUUCCUGUCCUUGGCGAAGCAGAUUCACGACUGGAACUACCAGUACGGUUGGGACCAAACAGGCACAUGUGGAGGAGGCUACUGGUUCUACGACAAGAAAACCACCAUCACGAACGUACAGAUGCUGGUACUCAGCGCCAAGUUGUACAGACACACCAACGACACGUCCUUCCUGAAGAACAUGACGAUGACCUGGAAGUACAUCCAGCAGAACGGGCUGAUUGACCCGGAAACAUUCCAGGUGUCCAACAUAGCCACCUACAGCUGUACCGGGAAUCGCGACUUCAACAAGACGUUUAACAGCGGGGUGCUGGUGGGGGGUCUGGUGGAGAUGUACCACAUUCUGAACGACACCAGCUACCUGCAGCUGGCCCAUCGGGUGGCGCAGGUGUCCAACAUAGCCACCUACAGCUGUACCGGGAAUCGCGACUUCAACAAGACGUUUAACAGCGGGGUUCUGGUGGGGGGUCUGGUGGAGAUGUACCACAUUCUGAACGACUCCAGCUACCUGCAGCUGGCCCAUCGUGUCGCGCAGGCCACCAUCUUCUACAACUCACAGGGCGGCGUUCUCACAGAGCGAUGCUGGCCGGAGUGCGACAAGGAUGAGUAUGUUUACAAAGGUGAUACAAAGGUGAACGCGUUGAGUCUCUUUGUCCGCUAUCUGCGCUAUCUCAUGGACGUAUCCGAUGACAUCACCAAGAAGGCCUACAGUGAUUGGCUGGACGGAAACAUCAAGUCUGUGGUAGCCAAAGCUCUCUGCUGGCCUGAGAAGACGUCCUGUAACAUCACCUACCAGGAUGGGCCUUCCCUCAACAACAAAACUGGACCUGUCUUCACCUUGGACUGGAGAGGGCCUUUCAACGUCUCCAAUCCGAUGGUAAAUAAACAGGUGCAGGCAGAGGUUUUUGACCUUCUAGUAGCUAACAUCGAGCCUGGGGCGACCUGUCGUGGGGCGGGGUGCACGUACGACCCACCCGUCCCCCCGCCUCGUCACCUGACCUGUAAGGACAAACCCUGUCCCGCAGGACAGCCGUGCUGCGAGUACCAGAACUACUACACCUGCUGUGAGUCGACUCAAAAGUGCAUCAAGGGGGUCUGCACAUGACACUGAUGGGGAGAUGAGGUGACAUAACCUGCAGGUAAUUUACAUUGAACAGCCAACUAUGAAGGCUCCCUCUCAUCUGUGAGUCUACAUAGCAGUGCCUCAAAGGGGUCUGCACAUGACACAAGACAAUUGUAUGAUCAUAGGAAAAACAUGUUCAUGUGAAACAACCUACAGAAAAUUCACAUUGAGAAGCUGGCUAUAGGGUCACCUCCUCAUCUGUGAAUGUACUAGUCAGAAAUGCAUCUGAUUUUUUUCAAUGGUUUUCCACAUAUAAAAAGACAAUAGAACGAUUGGAAAAUAAUGUUCCUGUGAUGCGAAAAUUUACCCAUGAGAAGCAGUCUCAAUGGUAACUCCUCAGCUGUGAGUCUCCACACACAAGUGCAUUAAGGGAGUCUGAUAAAAAUAAUGAUGUUGGAACACAACUUGGCCAACAUUUCCUACACCUGGCCGACAUUUCCUACCUCUGCAACUACCUUCCUACGGGUCUAGUAAUUUUUCGUAAGAUUGUGUCACUGGAACAUACUCAGUUGUCUAAGAGUCCUGCCAAGAAUGAUUUGGGUAGCUUGCUUAAGAAUUAAGCAUCAGAAUUCAGAAUUAAGUUUCC